UCUUCCUCCUCCUCCUCUGAAGCUCCAACCUGAAAUCUCUUCACCCUGAGGCCUGAAACCCUCUCUGCUCAAAAACCAAGUAUAGGAAUAUAAUUAAUCUGCCCUAAAAACUGGAGCUCUUCACGCUGUGUUUUCACUCGGUGGGGAGAAACCCUAAAAAAAAAUUAUCUUUCCUACUCUCCGUGUCAGGGGGUUUCACUUACAUGUGGAGCUCUCGCAGAAAAGAUCCAGUGCGGUAGCCUGUCGGAGGGCUUUCAUAUGGUCUCGAUCCUGGUCAGGUCUCCCUUUCUCUCCCAACUCACAUUUUAAUGGAAACCUCAAUGAUAUAUCCAUAGCCACCUAUGGUAAUAUGAUAAAAGGUUGAGCACGAGAGAAAUCAAACGAAUAUUCAGCCAUGGAGUUCGAACCUCUGAGCAUGGAGAACGAGGUGAUGGAAUUCGAUAUGGGCUCCGGCGAUGACGAUGAGGUCGCCGUCGACAUUGAACACCCUGAAGAAGACGAAGAAUACGAGGACGAUUUAGUCGAUGGCUCCUUUGGCGUUGGACGGGAAGUUUCCGAUGGAGAACCCAAUCUCGAACCCUACGAAGGUAUGCAGUUCGAAUCCGAGGAAGCUGCCCGAAUUUUCUACAAUUCCUAUGCCCGCCGUAUCGGUUUCGGCACCAGGGUCGGUGUCUACCACCGUUCCCGCCGCGACGGUGCCAUCAUUUGCCGCCAAAUUGUCUGCUCUCGGCAGGGAUUCCGUCAUGGCCGGGAUCGGGAUGGCGGCAGCGGCGAAAGCAAGUCCAAGCGUCACCGUGCAGAGACGCGUGUUGGUUGCAAGGCAAUGAUCAUGGUUAAGAAACAAGAUUCAGGCAAGUGGGUGGUCUCAAAAUUCUUCAAAGAACACAAUCACGAGCUAGUGCCGCCGGAUAAGGUGCAUUGCCUCCGAUCCCAUAGGCACGUUUCGGGUCCCGCUCGAAGCCUUAUUGAUACUCUUCAAGCGGCCGGGAUUGGCCCAAGUGGGGUAAUGUCUGUGCUCAUUAAGGAAUCCAGAGGGAUUAACAAUGUGGGUUUUACUACAGUUGACUGCCGGAACUACAUGAGUAGCAGCAGACAGAGAACUCUGGGCAGUGGAGGUCAGCAUGUUUUGGACUAUCUGAAGCGAAUGCAAACGGAGAAUCCCGCUUUCUUCUAUGCCAUCCAUGGUAAUGGUGAGCACUCUACUGGGAAUGUUUUCUGGGUUGAUGCCAAUUCCAGAAUGAGUUACAAAUACUUUGGGGACACGGUGACGUUCGACACAACGUAUAGGACGAACCGUUACCGGGUUCCUUUUGCCCCUUUCACUGGAUUGAACCAUCAUGGUCAACCUGUGUUAUUUGGCUGUGCUUUGCUGCUCAAUGAGUCUGAAUCAUCGUUUGUCUGGCUGUUUGAAACUUGGCUUGCUGCGAUGUAUGGAAGGCGUCCUGUAUCUAUCACGACUGACCAGGACAGGAUCAUACGGUCAGCCGUCGCACAGGUUUUUCCUGAAACUCGUCAUCGUUUUUGCAAAUGGAACAUAUUUAUAGAAACCCAUGAGAAGUUGUCUUCUGUAUAUCAAUCACAAUCUACAUUUGAAGCGGAUUUUCGUAAAUGCAUCAACACAACUGAGACAAUUGACGAGUUUGAAUCGAGUUGGGAAUUGCUCCUCCAAAAAUAUAAUCUCGUGGAAAAUGAAUGGCUUCAGUCUAUGUACAAUGUACGCCGUCAGUGGGUCCCAGUUUUCUUGCGGGAUUCUUUUUUUGGGGAGAUGUUUAUAACCCAAGGCAGUGAUAGUAUGAACUCAUUCUUUGAUGGAUAUGUCAAUGCAUCAACUACAAUACAGUUAUUGAUUAAACAGUAUGAGAAAGCCAUGGCAAGUCGUCAUGAGAAGGAAGUGAAGGCAGAUUAUGAUACCAUUAAUACUGCUCCAGUUCUGAAGACACCAUCUCCUAUGGAAAAACAGGCAGCAAACUCUUACACAAGGAGAAUAUUCAUGAAGUUUCAGGAGGAGUUAGUUGAGACUCUUGCAAAUCCUGCAACUAAAAUUGAGGACACUGGGAUUAGUACCAUUUAUCGGGUGGCUAAAUUUGGGGAAGAGAACAAGGUCCAUAUUGUUAGGUUCAAUGUUUUUGAAAACAAAGCUACUUGUACCUGCCAAAUGUUUGAGUUUUCAGGUAUAUUAUGUAGGCACAUUUUAGCAGUCUUUAGAGUAUCAAAUGUUCUUACGCUUCCAUCUCACUAUGUCUCGAAACGAUGGACAAGAAAUGCCAAGAGUGGGAUCGUUUUGGAUGGGUCUGCUCUUGAAUCAUCAAGCAAUGCUCGAGAGUCUUCAACUGUUAGGUAUAACAAUCUACGCCAAGAAGCCAUUAAAUAUGUAGAGGAAGGAGCAAAAUCUGUACAGAUUUAUAAUGUAGCGAUGGAUGCUCUCCAAGAGGCUGCAAAGAAAGUCGCUGCUGCAAAGAAACAUGGCCUAGGACUUGCACUGAUCAAUGGAAAUAAUAAUCAGGAAAAUCAUGCCCUUAAAGGAAGCCGAGUGGGCCUUCUUCAACCUCAUUCUGUGGAUGAGAAAGACAAGAAGAUUCAGGAAUUGACCACUGAGUUGGACAAUGCAAAUCAGCGUUGUGAGGUGUAUCGGGGGAGUCUAUUGGCAGUCUUGAAAGAUAUGGAGGAACAGAAGUUACAGCUUUCGGUGAAAGUCCAAAAUGUGAGACUAAAUUUGAAAGAUUGAUUCAGAAUGAGAGUCACGGGACUCAGCUUGUUGUUGUAUUGUUAAUUAUCAAGGUGGGUUUACUUCAA